GUUGUGUUUUGAGGAUGGCCAAAUCGCCGGAUGACGGACAGUGUUGCAGCUUUAGGCUGCAUUUUGUGCAAUAUUUCCCCGACGAUUGGUCAAGCCUAAAAGAGGUACCUCGCAAAAGUAUUGCUUACUUUGGUGAAUGUCUAAAUGUCGUAUUAGAAGCAACGAUCGAAACACCGCAGGAAAAUGGAAACGUAGGCCAUGGCCAGCGCGAACUGUAUCGAAAGCAGUCGAGGGGCCAGCAGUGUUUAUCGUACAUACGCCGCGUGCCAUCGUCAACACUAACACCAUCUGCUAGGCCUAAGCAAGAGGAAGUUGAUGCGCAUUGCCCAGAUGGUUUUCAAACCUGUACUCCGUUGCUUGUGAUGUAUAAAAAGGAUAUAAGUGACGUAAAGAAAUAUAAGGAGGUACAUCUGAGCGAGAAUGUGAUUUUAUUUCCGGUUUGUCUCCCACUGGAGAAUCUUCCUCUUGAACCAUGUAAGCUGACUGUUGUCAUGGAACCACCAUGGGUGAUAUCAAGGCCGCAAGUCUCCACAGUUACGCAACAAAACUCACCUCAAACAACUCCUAACGAUCACCAUCAUCAAACAUUUCAACCAAAAGUGUGUGCUUCGUUGGAACUAGUAGGCCCACCCCAUACUUGUUGUCGCCAUUUGACUGUUGGAGAUAAACAUUACACAAUAGUCCAAGUUAGUAACAAAUAUGGAGAAGCCAUAACAAUAGAAAAAGCUACCAUUAUGGUGAAUAGGAACAACCAUUUCUUACCACCAAGUCCUGAUGGUUCCACUUACCAAUCAACACCAUCUAAUGUAACAGACUUCAUAGAGGCCAGCACCAUGCCCACCUCAUCUUCCACUCAGCUCCCACUGGUACUACAAGCUCUUGAACAAAAUUGUUUUAUCUUCCAAUUAGAUAUACUAGACAACAUCAGUAUACAAGAUGAUAUCCAGAGUUUAGAUGUUCCUUUAUUAUUUAGCCUACAAUGGAAACCAUAUCCUGUAGCCCAAUCUAAGCCACUACUUGCCCACUAUGAGUUGCCAACGAUUCGUUUAGACUACCCAGCGUUUGUCAUGUUAGCUAAAUGCAACUCCCCUGUAACGAUUGGGGAGAGCUUUUCAGUGCAAUAUACAUUGGUAAACAAGUUACAGGAUUUUAUUGAUAUAGGACUUAUGUGGCUUCCAGCACCCAGGCUUGUUGGGGACUCUGGUCGUAGGGAGAAUGGUAGCAUUGAGGAUGUUGUUCUGUGUCAGGAGCCUGUGCAGCAUGUGGGGACCUGCAAGUUAGGCUCAACAGCCACCAUCACGUUUGUAUUCAAAGCACUCAAAUGUGGACUAUAUGAGCUUGGAAAGUUCAUGAAGUUAAAGUUACAGUAUGCAUCGUCCAAUCCCAAUCGACCAUCGUCAUCACAUGACCAUCUAUUGCAACACUCACAGAGUACUCCAGCACUUAAAGAACUCACAGGAGAAAAUAAAGCGAUGAAAGUAGCAGGAACAGUGCCCUCAAGCAUCAACGGAAAUGAUAUACAAUGGCAGUCUACUCAAGAACCCAUCGAAAGAAUACCAAAGAUAAUAUCGAGGAAAGACAACCUGUUAGCUAACCAGAGGAAAGGCUCAUUAAACGUAAACAAGAUAACAAAGCGCAGGUGCCAAGUAUAUAUUAUGGCCAAGCAGAGCUGAAUACUUGUCAAGCAAUUAUAGUACCUUCCACCUAAUUGGUAAAUUUAAAUUGUAAAGUGAUAAAAUACUUGUUAAUGUGUAGCUAAUCAAAUCUGUUGUACUGCUGUGCAAAUCAAGUGCUUUAAAGUAUCAAAUAAUUAAGUACAUGGAUAAACAAACUCAUUUAUAAGCAGUUAGAGGUUGCCUAGCAACUAAGCAGACUAUUAACUGUAGCUACAUAAUACCAGGGAGAAUAUAGUUUGUAUAUUAUUAUUAAAAUGAUGGUAAAAGAACCACCAUGGACUGACAGCCCAACAUUAAAUGUGUGUGCCCUAUAUAUUAUUGAGUGUAGCUGCAAAUUGGUGGUUAUGAUGCUUUCCUUCCAAUCCCAGGGUCCUUGGUUCAAAUCCUUUCAAGAAUCAAGAUUUUUUUUUCAUGACUAAAAACAAUUCCACUUGCUAAGCCUCAUAAAAGCUUAGUUUAUACAGUAUAAUUUUCAUCCUACAACUGGUGAGUCACUCUCAGUGGUAGGAUAAAGGUAAAGGUAGUCGAACAUGUACAGGUCCUGAGUGCCCAUCCCUCUUUCGUAAGCAUUGGGGCCUGACUGCAGUGCUUUGAAGAAGGGAUAGCCACUCCUCCUCACAGUGAGUCUGUUUACCUUCCAAGCAUAUGCCAGUACCUAUUUAUUCUGCUGUGUAGAGAGAGACAAACGCAGAUAAAGUGUCUUGCCCAAGGACACAGCGAGAUGAUUCAAACCCCUGACCACGACAUUGAGAGUCCAAGAACCUCAACUACUGCACCAAACGCUUCCACAAACUCAGAGGAUAAAUCUUCCUAAUGUACAAUUACCAAUAUUAACAUUGUAUAAUAAUAAGGAUGUACAGUAGUUCAGAAGACAAUAUCAUGGAAUGAGCGUUGAUUGACCUUUUUUAUUUUGCAUACUUAUUAAUUGGCUCCUCCAAUUAUUUUGCUUCUUAAAACUGUAACCAAAAUAGCUCAGGUAAUGCUAAUAAACUAUCCUUGUGUACAAUAAUAGAAUGAUUUUUAGAUAUUUUUCAUAAAAUUAACGUACUAUGUUAUAUCUGUAUAGAUGAAAGCAGAAAAAUUGUAUUGAAACCAAAAUAGUGGUGUUUUAUUCAGAUAUUGUAAUUUUUACAAAAUCAGCUGGAUUUUGUAUAUAUGCCAGUAUAGUGUUUUAUAUUACUUUAUUAAUUUAGAAAUCAUAUUUUCAAUGAAUUCACUUAAAAAUGAACUUUCAGGAAGAUUUUUUUUUCUCCUAAUAUUAAUAAUUAUAGUAGCUCAUAAAAUUUGAACAAAGGCCAGAUGAGCAGUCUUGAAAUGGGGGAUAUUGGGGGAGCAAAUGUAAAUUGGGGGGGUGCUUCAUGAUAAAGUAAGGGGCACUAGCACUCAACUGGGGGAGCAACUAUUUUUUUGGGAGGGGGCAUGUAUACAUAACCCCAAAAUAAGCCAAAUGAGCUCCUAUAUGCAAUGGCCAACCCUGCUUACAACAAUUAUAUAGUUUAAGGAGUUGAUUAGUCUUUUAGGGAUACAUGUGUAUUUAGGAUUGUUUCAUAGACGGGUUUCAAUGAUAUAUAUUUUUUGUUUCUCAAGGGCAUAUAAAUAUGCAUUUUACGAGUCCACCAUUAUUAUUAUUAUUUUUAAUUAAAUUAUAUUAUUAAUUAAUAAUAGUAAUAUAAUAUAAUAAUAUUUAUUGUUCAGUGUAGGGAAGGUACGUUUUGUAACAAAAAUUAGUAAGGAAGAUUACUUACAAAAAGUAUGGUGAAUAAAAUGGUAAUUCAAUUUAUUACUUAUAAUAGUAAUGUAAUAUAAUGAUAUUUGUUGUUCAGUGUAGGGAAGGUGCUUUUUGGAACAAAAAUUAGUAAGGAAGAUUACUUAGAAAAAGUAUGGUGAAUUAAACGGUAAUUAAAUUUAUUGGAAUUAAAAUAUUUAUUAAUUAAUAAAAAUGUUAAUAACACUUUUGAAUAAUAUAGUAAUGAUUAUUAAAUAAUUACUGUAUUAAUAUGAGUAUUAUUAUUAUUAUUUACUUCAUGCUCAUAAUAUUAAGUAUUCAUAAUUUGCCAAUAUUUAAAAAAAUCAUGGUGAGAUGAUACAGAAACAAACUCCCAAAAGAAACAUUUAGUUAAUUAGUAAUGAAUAAUUAAGAAGGUUAAUGAUUAUGAAUUAUUCCAUUAUAUGGAAAGAUUGCAACUAAUGUGUAUUACAGAUUUUAUUUAUAUUUUAUCAAAAUGCAUGCAAUAAUUAUAUCCAAGAUUCAACUUGAAUGCUUUAGAUUAGAAUUUUAAUACUUAGCUGAAAAUUUUAGAGUAAGAAAUAUGCAAUUCUGGGUUACCAUAAGUAUUUUAUAGACCUUUGGAAAACUGCAGUACAUGGUUCUAAAAACUCAUUAACCACCUUGUUGUUUCAGUGUGCAUGUUCAUGUCGAAGGUCAAUGCAUGUAAACAAACAAAUCAUACAGCCUAUGUUGUAUUCCAUAUUGACUUCAGUUGACUAAUCAAAGUCUUAAUUUGCUAUUGACCUGGCUUUCAUGUUUUUCUGUAUUCAGACAUUAUGAUACAAAUUAUUGCAUGCAUGAUUUUAGAGAGGAUGACUAAAAUUGAAAAUGAUUAGGGCUAGGAAAUAGUGUAGAAAUAGAUUCUAGCGAUUUUAAAUGUGUGUUUAUUAUUUCAUAACCAUAAGACAAGGUGCCAAGGGUCUUAGAGUAUCAUAUACACUUGUAUAAUUUACUCUAGGCUAUGCCUAGUUAUGUGUGACCUAUUUUUCUAAACCCUCAACUCAUCCAUUAACUUUCAAUACGUUUUUUUUUUUUGCAGUUUGAACUUCGUUUGUUUGUAUAGUGUUCUAUGGUAAUACACAUUAAGCACUAUGGUUCUGUUACUGUGAAAAUAUUUUUAACCUAAAGCUAAGCUUAAUGUCGCCCUUGCGAAUCGACUCAACUCAACUGACAUCAACUGACCUUUGGCAACUUGCCAGCAACUGCCAAGCAACUGUGAGUUGUACGAUUUGAGCCACGAUUACCAGUUGCUCUCAGUCACCCAUGUUCUAUUUUGCUGCUAUCCAAAGCAGCUGUCAUGCGAUUGAAUGGUCAUAUGACAGUUGUAGCCCAGUAACUCUAUUCUAUUAACUGUGCACAUACCGUUUACGCUAAAAUUGUAUCGAAUAAUGGUAGCAUUGCACGGCAACUAGUUGUAGGGAAUUAGACAUUUGGAAGUGACAUAAGCACUCUGGUCAACUAGUUCUACCUUGCUUGUAGUUGCGCACUUGCUAGUGAAAGUCGACGUAAGCACUACCAGCAAGUAGUUGAGGUCAGUUGAUGUCAGUUCUGUUGAGUCAAGUCACAAGGGAGACAAGCUUAGCUUAAGUGUUCCAUCUACUUUACUUCUUGGGUGGUCUCUCCCUCCCCCUCCCCAUCUCUGUAUUCUUUCUUAUGUGUAUAAUUUGAUUCUCCUUAUAUAAUUUUUAAAAUAAUAAGAGCCAUCCAGGAUGAAAAUUAAAAUUUGAAAAAAUGCAGAUAGGAUGACUUCACACAUCCAUGACCACCCUCGAUUUCUUACUCAAUGUAGAGUCAACCAAAACUUGUCUUAAUUCAGAAAACAAGAACUCAAGUCUUCACACAGGUACAUGGCUCUACAUGAUGUCAUUGCGUCCUAGGUUUUACCAUUUCUGCAAAUCUGACGUUCCUUGAUAUGAUUAUGUUAACUUUAUUGAGAACUUAACAUACUCAUUUUAAGUCAGACACUGCUAAAAUAUUGAACUCUCUACCUCAUAAUAACAACAUAUUCAACUCUCCUGCUUCACAAACGUAAUCUCAAAUUAAAUAUGACUACUGUAUUGGUCCCAAAUGCCACUAAGUUUUUUAUGAAUUUUUAAUUAGAUUAUAUGAGUUAAUACUGCAAUAAUUGUUUUUUUCCAAUCCCCCCAAUUACAUUUAUGUUAUAUUGUUUUAUAUGUUAAGAGAUAAAAACUAAGUGUUGUAUUGUCAUAACAGGUAUGUUAAUUGUAUUAAGUAUUAAAUUGCCUAAUGUUAUGUUGCCAGUUAUAUAUUACAUUACAGUAUGUUUAUGCCAUUUUUUGUUGUUUUUUUUGUUGUUUUUAGUGCAAUGCUUAAUGUUAACAGUACAUAAAUUGUUUUUCAGUACUAUGUUUAAAAGAAGAUCGGUUAUUUUAUUAUAUUAAAGAUAUUAUUUUAGCUUAGUUAUCCAUAUAUGGCAAACACAAGCAAUUGGUUGUAAAAUACCACAUAUCAGCAUUCCCAGAUCUAUUUUUUAUUUUAUAUUGUUUUUUAUUUAUUCGUAAAUUUUGUUACCGUAAAGAACAGAGGCAAGUGUGUACUAUCAUAUAUAUUACAGAAAUGGUGUUUUUUUUUAAUUUUUUUUUUAAUGAUUUUUACAACCUAUUCAUACUGCUUUUUUUGAAGUUAUAAUUUUUUAAAUGAAAAUUUACAUGAUAUAUUUGUUUAAAAAUACUACUUAGCCAUGUCUGUGCUCACAAGUAUUGUAGAACAUAAUCGCCAGCCUUAGGGAUUUAAGCCCCUGUCUCUGUAGCCCAACAUUGAGGGCGGUGUACAAUAGUGUCUAGUGUGCCGUAUGAACCUACCACUUUUACUUUCCAAUUUUGAUAUGUAUGUUUGAUAUUAAACAAUUAAUAUUGGUAGCAUUUAUUUUUCCUUUACAGUUAUUGAUGGGGUAUUAAUUUUAUAUGUCGUCUUUCAUCUCAUUACUAUGAAAAUAUGGUACUUUUUAUAUAGAAUUUAAUAGUUUCUUCUUUUUAUGGUUUAUAUCAUAAAAUUACUACAUUUUUACUGCAUAUGAAUAAAAUGAUUUGAGGUACAAACAAAUCGCCGUCCUUUUUAUUGUGGAUUUUAUUAAUACUGUAGAAAGUUUGUUGAUAUCAAGUCGCAGUUCCAAAGAUAAACACAGCCCAAAAUUUUAUUAUCAUAGGCUUAUAUACAGCGGUUUAGCGCAGUAGAAAUAGUUUGGUUUCCCAACCUCGAGGUCAGGGUUUCAAUCCUUCUCUGUGCAUUUUGCUUGUAUCCAUAAGCAAGGCACUUUAUCUACAUUGCUUAAGCCUACCCAGCUGUAUCAAUGGGCACCAGAAAAUUGCUGGGAGUAACCUGUGGUGGACUAGCAUUCCACACAAGGAGAGCAU